UAACAUUGAAGAGUUCACUUUACACGAUGAAACUUCUCAUUUUUGUAUUGGCCCUUAUCGGCAACAGUUUAGGAGUACAAUUUAACAUAAUUAAUUAUCAUGGUGGUCCGAUUAACGUUGGAAUUCAAGGAAAUUCUGGGAAAGCUCAUUUGGCGGGUGGAGGAUUUACUUUAAAUCAGGGUGCAUCAAGAUUUGUAGAUGCACCUAAUGAUUGGGCCGGACGAUUUUGGGCACGAACAUGGUGUGUUAAUGGCAAUCACUGUGAAACCGGUGAUUGUGGUAAUAUAAUUGAAUGUAACGGAAAUGGAGGUGCUCCACCGGCUACUUUAGUUGAAAUCAAUUUAAGAGCUCAUGCUGGGCAAGAUUUUUAUGACAUUUCCCUAGUGGAUGGUUUCAACUCAAAGGCUCUCAUUAGACCAGUUAAUGGAAAUGGGCAAUGUCCAACAUUACAAUGUAAAAGCGAUUUGAAUUCAAAUUGUCCAAAUGAGUUACGUCUUAAUUACAAUGGUCAGACCAUUGGUUGUAAAAGUGCUUGUUUAUUGAGAAAUGAGCCGCAAUAUUGUUGUACUGGAGAAUUCGGACCUGAUCGAUGCAACCCAAAUAAUUGGCCGGAGAACAUCAAUUCGGCAAAAUAUUUUAAAGCAAAUUGUCCCCAAGCUUACAGUUAUGCUUAUGAUGAUAGAUCUAGCUUGUUUACUUGUGUUGCUGAUACUUAUGAAGUUGAAUUUGGAUAAAAUUUAAUAAUUAUUAUAUUUUUGAUUCUUA